GGCGGGACUUGAUUUUAUAGCCAAUCCACGCAGAGGGCCGAGUCCCCGCGGCCUGUCGGUCGCGUGCGGGAAGGGGGUGUCUUCCGGUCGGGCCGAGCUAGUGGCUGGGUUUGUUGAAGGACAUCGGCUGCAGAGUUUGUGAUUCGGACGAAGAAGAUUGAAGUCAUGGCUGGUCCAGAAAGUGAUGGCCAAUUCCAGUUCACUGGUAUUAAAAAAUAUUUCAACUCUUAUACCCUCACAGGUAGAAUGAAUUGUGUCCUGGCCACAUAUGGAGGCAUUGCUUUGUUGGUCCUAUACUUUAAGUUAAGGCCUAAAAAAACCCCAGCUGUGAAAGCAACAUAAAUGGUAAGGAAUUGCCACUAAGUGUGUAACUUAGUCAUUUUGAUGGUGGGGUUUUUCUUGCCUUAUAAUAAAUAAACUGUUGGCACUCUUUGAAAUUCACUGUAUACCUGAAAGAAAACAUUGCACAUAAUGUACACUUGUAAACCCAACGGUGAGGGGACAGAGGCAGAAGGAGUGCAAGUUCAAGAACAGCUUAUGCUACAUAGCAAGGCUUAGUCUCAACACAAUUCAGAGAGAGUGACCAAGGAUCUGGAUGCCGUGUCUUCCACCGUAUUCCCAGCAACGCUGGAGAGGGUGAAGCAGGAGAUCACAGUGAUUUUUAGUCUGCUCU